AUGGUGCUGGGUGGUUCCAAGUUGCUCCCGGCCGACUCGGAGCCGUCGAGCAGCGAGAAGUUGCGCAGUUUCAAUCGGGCCGUGAAGGAGGCGCGCGGCAAGAUUCAGGAUCUCUACGGCCAGGAUCAGUACCGAAGACAGCCCAGGCACACCAUCGACGAUAUGCUGGCCAGCUUUGCCCAGACCAGCAGCGGAGAAUCGGAGGACAAUGCCAUGGCGGAGGCAGCCAACGCCUGGUAUCGGGACUUCCAGACAGGCCACAAGAAAUCACAUACUGUCAGUAAACAGAGGGGCACGAACUACGAAAGUAACUACUUAAGGGAUAUGCAGAACACAGAGAUCGGCAAGGUGAAGCAGAAGUACAAGGAUACUGCGGUGGAUCCCAUCAUUCUAGUGUUCGAGACCACCAUGGCUCCCUUUCAGUACGGUGGUAGCGGUCUCACCUACCUGGACAUCAAGCUGAAGCAGGCCCAGGAGAUUUUAAACGAGCAUGAGAAGACUAGCAAAAGGGAUCCAUACCGGGUGAAGGAGUAUCACAAGAAGGCUGAACUCAACGACGAUCUACCGGAGUUUGAAAACAGGCCAGUGCCGGACGGGUUGUAUGAGCAAACAUUGCUCCGGCUCGAUUCGCCCAAAUGGAGGCCGAACAAUCUGUUGCACGAGGCCAACUACAAGCUGUCUAAGAUCGAGCAGGAGGCCUCUGAGAACGCCCAACGGAAAAUUCCGCCCAAGGGCAGGGGUUUGAACAAGCGCAGCUCCUAUCACGGCUUCAAUCCAAUGAACGAGAUCAAGCUAAAGACAAGCAACCGCCUCAUGCUCAAGGGCAUGGGACCCUCGCUGCCGAGCAAUGCGCUGGUGGAGAGCCAGCAUGCCCAUCUCAAUCAAGAGGGAUACAUGAGCGAUGAUGGUGAACGGCGGCAGCAGUGCGAUGGCCUCAGUCCGAUGACCAACAAAAUGAGGCAGUCUCCGGAGGUUGUAUCCUCCGGUGGCCACAACAUGUUGGAUCUGCCCCAGAGCUACGACUAUCGCCUGCCCCCGUACGAUCGCUUCCAUGCUCUCAGCCAGCGGCAGAUGCCCAACAUGGUCGACUACUUGCACCCCAAUCGCAGGUCCGUUGGGGACCCGGGACGCUACAAGCGGGAGCAUACCUUAAAUAUGACCCUGGCAACGACAGCGAAGGUGGCCGUGAAUGAGUCAGGAACUAAGGCCGAGCAGCUGGACAUCCCGAGUGUGCCUGCGCUCAAGGAAAGUGAACCAAAAGUCGAAGAACAACAGGAUGUCAAAGUGGAGCCGGAUAAAGAGCCAAUCGACAGCAAGGUGGUGGGUAAAGCUACUGCUUUCGAAAAGGUGCAAGUCGAGGCUGAAGCAAAGUCACUGAAAGUGAGAACGGACAUUGAGGUUAAGCCUACGGAACCUACAGAGCUGAAAGAUGAUGCUGUAUCUGUAUCUGAGGCGGACAUUUCAACAAAGCCGGAGGUGGGCGAAAGUGCUCAGGACUCUGCUGUUAAGGUGGAAAGCAUCGAGGCCAAGACAAGGCUAGAAACAGAUGCCAUCUCUGAAGCCGAGGGUAGCCUGGAGACCCAGAAUAAGUCAAACAGCCAUGCCGUCCUACAAUCGGUACUUGAACAGCCACAGGUUCAGGAGAAGUCCCAGGCGGCAGCCAGCAUUAAAGAUGCAGUGCUGCAGGAGAGCAUCAAGCUGACUGUGGAGGAGUCGUUCACGUCCAGGCCAGCCGAUGAGGUUUCCGAAGAGCCUGAGAGAUCAAAAAUAGCACCAGGUACUCCCCAUUUGCCCAAUCCCGAUGCAGUGGUCAAACUUCUGGCCAAUGAGCUGUCGCAUUUUAGUGGCGACAAAGAUCGCAACAAGCGGCACAUCCAAAGCCUACGUCGUCGCUGGUCUCCCAGGAAAAACCGGCGCUCCAAACGGUCCAUCGGAGAAGAGCAGCAGCCCCCGGAAUGCCCCGAGAGAACCAAGCGCAUGGCUGAUCCUCUGCUGGACGACCUGGAGGACCACAAUGGGAAUCACUUGCAUUUUGGAGACCUUGAAAGUGGCCUUCUUAUGUCCGAUGUCGAGGAAGAGACCGCUCCUUACGGAGAGGACGAGGCCAGUCUCUAUGAUGCCUCUAGCGUUCAGGUGCCCAUGAUGAAUCAGCGAGCUAAUGGACAACAACAGCAGCAACAGCAGCAGCAACAGCAGCCGCAACAACAGCAGCAACAGCAGCCGCAACAGCUACAGCAACCCUCCAAUUUCAAGGCCAGCUUCAAUUUGACUAACUUUUUUAAUGAGCUUCAGAAAAUGCAAAAGAAUCGUCCGCUUCAGCUGCAAGAGAAUCGUCCAGCGCAGCAGCAGCAACAACAACAACUGCAGCAGCAACAGCAGCAGUCACCGAUUCAGCAUCAAUAUCUGCCACAGCAACAACACUUUCCACAGAAGCCAUAUCUCCCAAAACAGCAAUACCUGCCACCUCAGCAACAGGCACCUCUACAAACCCAGCAAAAGCAGCUGAUAGCGCCGCCGCUAAUGAAGCAAUCCGCAGUCCAUCGAUACUUUGGUCCUUUCUUUAACAAGCAGGUCAAGAACAACAUGUUGUCCACAGUGGAUCCAUGCAUUACACAAGUUGAACCACUGACGCGGCCCUCAGUGUCCAUAACCAUUGAUCCCAAUUGCAUAUCAAUUACAACGCCCGUCCCCAACAUGAUGACGGAGUCGACUACACCAGGGUUUGGUGGAAACAAAACGAGUAUUCCAUCCAUGACGAAUACUACCGAUACGUCAACGAAUGCAACGGACUCAGGAGGGGCUGAUCAGGGUAAAACUUCUGGACCUGCUGUGCCGACCGGCGAUGUCUGCUAUAAACCAGAUGCCCUGAGGUUGAACGUGUCCAUCAACGCGAACGUGUGCGGGGAUCCAAAGACAAAACAGUUCUAUGGCAACGGAUCAAUCAACAUGCAGCCAGCCUUCGAUCAGAUGAACACCGACUUGAUGCUUGAUUGGGCGGAUUCGGCGGAUUCGGCAGAGCACGGGAGUGACGAUACUUUAAUGCAGAAUGAUGAUCGAUAUGCACGCGAAGCGGGUAGAAAUUGGAGGGAUAAUACCGGCCACAGAAGGAAUAAUAGGUGGGGCAAAGAGAAGUCCAAGGGGAAAAAGGAGUACAAGCCAGAAUCGAGCAAAUGUAGUGGAAAUGCCGAAUUCUGUGAUGACAGCUUGGAGAAGCUUAUAACUGGCAAAACGUCGGAGAACAUGUAGUAGUUUAAGUUGCUUGAUGGCAACGAGUAACAAUUAUUUAAUA